CUCUCUUGGACUAGUGGGCUCUGAAGCCUGAGGCGGCCGGAUGCGUGGUGGCCUUUAGGCAGUAUGACCGAACCCGCGAUCCGCUCCACAGCCAGGCUUCCCCUCUCCAGAUCCAUCCCGCCUCCAUCUUAACACGCUACAAGGGACUUCUCCAUUAAUUCAUUUUCGUCCAUCCUCCCCAGGAUCUGUUAUUUCCAGCUGAGCUGUUAAGGUGUGUUAAAUGCCCUGGAUUUCAUCACAGAUGAGCUCAACCAGUGUUCUGAAUUUUUUCCCACACAAGACUAUGGCAGUAGAUAUAGCCAUGAAGUUCUACUUGCAGCCCCCUUCACUGAGACGAGAUCGCGUUGAACGCAGGAUCUCUCAGAAAAGCCACAAGCCCUUGAGACCGUGCAUCCAACCAAACAGGAAAAUGUUUCUUAAUGAGCUCAACAAUCAGGAAAAUAAAGUGAAGAAACGUGUUACCUUUGCAGAUAGUAGAGGUCUGGCGCUUACCAUGGUAAAAGUCUAUUCUGAAUUUGAUGACCAGUUGGAAAUUCCAUUUAAUAUCACAGAGCUGAUUGAUAACAUUGUUAACCUGACAACAGUGGAGAAAGAACGUCUUGUGCUGGACUUUGUACAACCUUCCGCUGACUAUUUGGACUUCAGAAACCGCUUACAGGCAGACUGUGUUUGUCUAGAGAACUGUAUGCUUAAGGAAAAAGCGCUUGUGGGUACGGUUAAGGUCAAAAACCUUGCUUUCCAUAAAAAUGUGAAAAUAAGAAUGACCUUUGACUCGUGGCAAACCUUUACCGACUACGAAUGUCAAUAUGUCAAGGACACGUAUGCUGGAUCUGAUAGAGACACUUUCUCUUUUGAUAUCACUCUACCCGAAAACCUUCAGUCGCAUGAAAAGAUAGAGUUUGCAGUUUGCUUUGACUGCGAUGGAAAAACUUAUUGGGACAGUAACAAAGGGCAAAAUUACAGAAUAGUUUGGCAUGACCUCAAAAGGCUCCCUGAUUUUCAGAGCCGCUAUUGUGAACCUGAAUACAACCAUUCUGUUGAUCACUUUGGCAGUCCUAGGUGCUCUUAUGGCAUUUUUCCAGAAUGGCCCAGCUACUCCGGAUUUGAUAAAAUAGGACCCUACUACUAACUUUGUCCAGAUGGUUGAGGCUUAAUAAUGGAAGUGGUUCCAAUCACAAAAUAACAGACUUGGAAUGGUUAUAUGACUGUGUCCUUGUAGGGACUGACUGUAAACGAUGAACAAUGGGAACCUUUGCUAGGUCAUGAUGUGUAACUGCAUUUGUUUUUUUUUUUCUUACAAGGGAAAAUGCUGUCCUAAUAACUGUCUAGCAGUAGCACCUUCUUGUUAUUGGGUUAUGUAGACUGAAGCUUGGAAAAGUUCUUGUUCACAUACUAUGCUGCUAGUCUUUUUCUUCCUAAUGCUGCUACACCUCUUUCUAGAGACACUUGUUUCGUAAUUUUUCACUGCCUUGCACUGUGCGCAGGCAUCACUUGGGGCAUACGUUCAGAAAG